GUGGCGACACUGGAUUUCGCGGGUCCACGUGUAUAGUGUGUGUGGUAUGGCUGGAGUCGGCUGAUUUGGUUAGGGGUGUAAAUUCUGUCAGGUUUAAGCAUUGCAAUUAUUUUGCUGAAAUACAGAUAUGGGGAAAUUAAACGUGGUUGUGCUGAGGUACCUCUCGAGGGAAGACUUCCGUGUCCUCACUGCUGUUGAGAUGGGAAUGAAGAAUCAUGAAAUCGUACCGACUAGUCUGAUCGCCUCAAUUGCAAGUCUCAAACACGGAGGAUGUAAUAAAAUCUUGAGAGAGCUGGUCAAACAUAGACUGCUGGUCUAUGAGCGCUCAAAAAUGGUGCAGGGCUACCGUUUGAGUUAUGGGGGGUAUGAUUAUUUAGCCCUGAAAACCAUGUCGUCCCGAGACACACUCAACUCAGUUGGGAAUCAGAUGGGAGUGGGCAAAGAGUCAGAUAUCUACAUUGUAGCAAAUGCAAAACAGGAGCAGUUUGCAUUGAAACUUCAAAGACUGGGGCGAACCUCGUUUCCGAACCUGAAGAACAAGCGGGAUUACCACCAGCACCGGCACAAGAUGUCUUGGCUCUACCUCUCCCGUCUGGCAGCCAUGAAGGAAUUUGCAUACAUGAAGUUAACUAAUAAGGGAGGGUCACUUCCAGUCUUCAUUCUGCAGUUCCAAGUAGCCCCAGUGGCUUGCUUAUCAAGCAUGCCCAUGAUGGGAGCCAUGAAUCUACUACCACUCAGUCUCAUGAACCAUUUCAGCUUGCAACUUCGUAUUUUCUGUGUUGGAAACUGGAAUCGCCUAUCACCUGAAAUAGCUGCCAUGUUUUACUUUUGCAUAUAUUUUUUCAGUUGCCAGGUACACCAGGUGGAAGAUCCAGGUGCUUUAUACAGUGAAUUGAUGGACCUGAUUGUGAAAUUGGCGAAUCACGGCUUGAUUCAUGGGGAUUUCAACGAGUUUAAUGUGAUGGUGGACGAUGAAGACCACGCCACGAUCAUUGAUUUUCCGCAAAUGGUGUCAACUUCCCAUCUGAAUGCUGAAUGGUAUUUCGACAGAGAUGUCAAAUGCAUUAGAGACGACUUCCUGAGGCGAUUUGGUUAUGAAAGUGAGCUGUAUCCCACCUUUAAAGAUGUUCGCUGGAUCAUGCCAGUUGGGUGUGGGACUGGCAUUACUGAAGACCUGAGCCCCUUACAAGGCCAGGUGGACCUGACUGAGUUCAAACAGGCCGUACUGGAGCUGGAAGGAUCGAGGGCAGAGGGGAGUGAUCAGCCCCGUACAGAACAGGGGCCUGGGAGUGCCACAGCGACAGAGGAGGGUGACGGGCGGGAGCUCGAAGAUGAGUGUCCUGAUUUAGUGGACCUUUCUGCAGCCAACAAAGAGUUCAGGGCUUUCAGAGACGAGGAGAGCAUGCUGCAUGUCAACGGACACAGAUGGAGAACCAGCAGCAUGACGUCAGUUGGCAGCACAGCAAGCUGUUCCACGAUCCCGCCGGAAUUGGUGAAACAGAAGGUGAAAAGGCAGCUGACGAAGCAACAGAAGUCAGCCCAAAGAAGGCGCUUGCAGAAGGGCGAGGCCAGUCUGGUUACCAAAGUGAGGCGGGACAACCUCCAGGAUAUUAAAUGUAGUGUGGAGGCAGCUUCUUUCUGGGGCUGAAGAGCACAUCGCCAACCAUGGCACUGGAACAGCUGGAGUGUCUGUACACGAUUGCAUUGUGGAGCUGUUUCUGUACCAGGAACUGCUUGCAGUACUGUUCAGUCAUAUUGUAUAUUAUCUACUGAAUACAUUUUCAUAAAGAACUCA